AAAGCAUGAAUACACGAGUUGAAGAUAAGUCUGGAAAAGAAUUGGUCGACACAAUCAGCAAAAAUGUGGGUAGAAUGUUGCGUCGGAAGAUGGAUGCAGUCACCUGCAUUCGAAUGGCAGCCGAGAAGGCUGCAGAGAACUGGGACCCAUCUUUUGUCGAUGGCAACUUCACUUACGUUUCCGCCAAGUGCAGCCCUGUCAUCGAACGUGACUCAUCAAACAAGACGACAUCAACGAAAAAGAAAAACGUUGUAAGAGAAAAGUGAAGGUGUAUAGAAACAUGGAACUGACUUCAGACUUGCAUUUCUACAAUAUCGCAGUGAACACAAACUACUCGUCAGUUCAUAUACCGACUAAUGUAUACGAUCUCACGGACGAAGUGAAGGAGGACAUCAUGAAAACUGAACCACUAGACGAUAUGUUUCGUCAAAAUUACGAAUCUGAUCCGGCGUUGUCGUGGCAAUAUUUUGGUUCGGUCACUGGUAUGUUUCGGCAAUAUCCUGCUAUGGAGUGGCGAACGAAUGCUGAAGAUGAUGACGAUGAUGAUGAUGAUAACGACAGUGAUGACAAUAAUAAAAUCGAUGAGGAUGAUAAUAAAGAUGCAAAUCAAAACGAUGACACGAAGAACGAGGUUAACAAUAACGACGAUGACGCUGACGAUGAUGAUGAUGAUGAUGAUGAUGAUGAUGAUGAUGAUGAUGAUGACGAUGAUGAUGAUGAUGAUGAUGAUGAUGAUGAUGAUGAUGGCUCUUCUGCUGAUCUGUAUGAUUGCAGGGUACGUAGUUGGUUCAUCGAAGCGGCCACAUGCAGUAAGGAUAUGGUGAUCCUACUGGAUGUCAGCGGCAGCAUGGCCGGCAUGGGAAAGACGAUUGCGAAGACAACGGUGAACGCGAUCCUGGAUACUUUAUCGAACAAUGACUACGUCACGUUACUGAAAUAUAACAAUGAAACGACUGAGCUGGUGCCAUGUUUUAAAGAUAUGCUGAUCCAGGCUACUCCGGAGAAUCUUGAUACGUUCAAAAAAUCCAUGGACAACAUCAAGAUGAUGGAAGUUGCCAAUUUCACAGCGGCCUUCACCAAAGCGUUCAGUCUACUCAAAAGUUAUCGAAAGAUACAUGAUUGUGACGCUGACACAUCAUGUAAUCAACUCAUUAUGCUUGUUACUGAUGGUGUUCCUGGAGGAAAACUGGGAGAAAAUCUGAAAGAGGUAUUUAAAAAAUGGAAUUGGAGCGAGAAUGGCACUCACAUACCAGUGCGAGUGUUUACAUAUCUCAUAGGCAAAGAAGUAACAAACAUAACCGAGGUACAAUGGAUGGUAAAGUCAUGUUUGAACCACGGUGAUUUCGAACAUGUGCAGACACAGGAGGAAGUACGCGAGCGAGUGCUGAAGUAUAUUUCGGUCGUAGCACUGCCCUUGGUACUUCAGAGUGUGAAACAUCCUAUUGUUUGGACACAUGCUUAUGCUGACGUUACGAAUCCGGCACUUGCCACUUGGCUGUGGCUGGUGAUGAAGUACGCUCCACAAAAGUCGCGACUGCUAAAGCAUCUGAAGGGAAAACAGCUGGGCAUACGAUCAAACGAGGACGCAAUCUACAUACAGCAGCUGCACAAGAGCGAAAACAUCGAGGAGGACUCGUCUAUCCUGAACACCACCAAGUGGCAGGAAUACAGGCUGCUGACUUCCGUUGGUACGCCGGUAUUCGGCCAUAGGCGUAGUCACGACAAUAUGACCGGUACAAUAAAUGACACGUUGCUCGGCGUGGCGGGUACAGACGUACCGAUCGACGACAUCCGCAGGCUUACAUUGCCAUACAAGCUCGGCGUGAAUGGCUACGCCUUCAUCGUGUCCAACAACGGCUACGUGAUACUACAUCCGGAUCUCCGGCCGGUCUACAAAGGUCGGCUUAAAUUAAAUUAUAACAGCGUCGAUCUUACGGAGGUAGAGAUACUCGACGACGGACGCGGGCCAAGGAACCCAGGCCCCGAAAUAUUAGCACUAAGAGAGGCGCUGGUAAGCCAUAAGCAAGGUAGCAUGAAAGGGAUUCCCGUGAAAUUGCAUUAUGAUGACAAUCGUCGGGUCAACCUUGAGAGACGUGAUUAUUUUUAUGCUCCCUUGCCUGAUACGCCAUUUACCCUCGCAGUCGUUAUACCCAACUAUGGAAAUACUUGGAUUAAGGUCGGCGACGAGAUCCGCAGAAAUCAAAACAUGAACAUAAACGUGUCGGAUUACUUUGUGGGGGAUCGUUGGCGCGUGCACCCAAGCUGGGUGUAUUGUCGUUACCAUUAUCAAGAGAGACAUGAAUUUGACAGUCCAGAAGACGAGUUGCUCCAUUUUUUGGCACUGAUAAGCCAACCUGGCUGGCGUUGGUUAGAGCAAUACCAGGCUUAUCCAUUUAUAGAUGAAGACGAUCAAGAGCCCGACUGCGGCAGACAAACGCUCAAGCACGACGAUUACUAUUGUAACAAGGAACUUAUGCAGCUACUUGUGUUCGAUGCCAAGGCGACAAAUAACAGUUUCCAACGCAACCAUAUAACAGAUUUGCCUCUAAAGGCUCAGAAUUUAGCACGUUCUUACGGUAUCUUUGUAAGAUUCAUCGCGACACAAAGUGGCCUUACUAGAUGGCAUCAUUUUGGUAAGUUAGCAGAUGCAGACGAUGGUAUCAUCUUUGGCAAUUUUCAUAAACGAGCGGUAAACGAGCCCUGGUACAAAGGUGCAAUCUUUCAGAAUGAGUUAGAUUCCAACAGCAUUUUUGUAACCGUUCCAUGGGAAGCAGGUGCGAAUGCGAUAGUGACGGUUUCAAUGAGUGUAUCUCCUAGGGAUGGCGGCAAGAAAGCGCCAGCGGCGGUAGUGGGUUUUCAAAUGCCAAUGAUAGAUCUAUAUAAGCGAUUCAUUAAGUUGACUGCAAACACGACGAAUUCGAUGAUAAAUUGCAGCAAUAAAUGGAUUGAUUGCUACCUCUUAGAUCAAAAUGGUUAUGUGGUGAUCUCGGACGCACAUAACGAUACUGGGCAGUUUAUGGGCACUCAAGAAGGCCCCGUGAUGUUAUCCAUGAUCAAACAGGGUCUCUACAGUCCGGUUGAAAUCUAUGAUUAUCAAGCAUGGUGUCAAGAGGUUCUAACCAAAAAUUCCGCAAAUAUUUUGAUGGAGCCGCUGCGAUAUAUUGGAAAACUGUUACUCUGGUUUCUGCUGCGAUUAAUGUGGUUUACAAGUCAGUUUGUAAACUUGCCCGUUGGAUAUGGUAAAUACCACUUCGAUGAGGAUGCACCAGCCCCGCCACCGCCACCAAAGCCUUAUCUCUAUCAUUAUCCUUGCGAUCAAAAGCGAACACUCUAUAUGCUGAAUAUGUCAAUUGCUAUCAAAGGUAUUACCGAUCACUCCGACUAUUGCUCACGACCUUUCUAUGCUCAGAGAGUGACACAUACUAAUCUGCUGUUAGUCGUCGUCAAUAGCAUGUUUCCAACAUGUUACAAGAGAUUAGAAGUAACGCCCGUUAAUAUUUCACCCUUCGAGUACCCAAAUAGCACGGGCGACAAACCCUGUCACAAGAUUCCACUGAAUGCUCUAAAAAGACGCAGAUUGAAUAAUUGCUUCACGGAACAUCCCCUAGAACACGAGAUAUACAGCUGCGGCGCAUCUGAAUUAACAGUGUCCUCAUUGCUGUUGUAUAUUAUUGUUGUUAAGAUUUUACAUGCCUUUAUGCUGGCAAAUGAAUUAUGAUAACUGUAUUGCCUUGCAAUAGAAAAAUAAAAUAAUGAAAAGUCAAUAAAAUAUGAUAUAAGCAAUAUUUCUUCCCAAAUUAUGACUAUAGACUAAUAAAGAAAGAAUAAAUUA